UAAAAGCAAUAAAAAACAAAAAUGGCGUUUACUCCGAAGAUCAUCACAUGCCUCAUUGUCCUUACGAUCUACAUGGCAUCCCCAACAGAGUCAACCAUCCAGUGUGGGACAGUGACGAGCACACUGGCACAGUGCCUGACCUACUUGACCAACAGUGGUCCAUUGCCAUCACAAUGCUGCGUGGGAGUCAAGUCAUUGUACCAAUUGGCUCAGACCACACCGGACCGUAAACAAGUAUGUGAGUGCCUUAAACUAGCGGGUAAAGAAAUCAAGGGCCUCAACACCGACCUUGUGGCCGCACUUCCUACCACUUGUGGUGUUUCAAUUCCCUACCCCAUCAGUUUUAGCACCAAUUGCGACAGUAUAUCGACUGCCGUGUGAAAGAGGCUAGUGAUCAGAUGUACGACUAAUCAAACUUGCCAGCUUUUAACCUAAUUAAAUAAAAGUAUUCUGCUUAUAUUUCCCAUUUUAUGAUUUUAUCUUCUUAUCUAUGUAACCACACGAUUUCAUAUGCUAAUAAUGACAACGGAUCUUUCUCUCUCUCAUUCUCUCAUGUUUCUUGAUAAUGAAGAAAGCAAAACCAACUCGGC